AUGUCGCAACGAGGGACAGAAGCGGUCGAGCGCAUCUUUGCCGAUCGCAUGCCAGAGACGGCUCGACGGAUCGGUUCGGCUGACGAUGGCAAGAAAUUGCCUCUGACGCCCAUCAUCUUUGGUGCGGGCACGUUUGGACAUGCCUACAAUGAUUCACGGCAACUUGCCGAGACGACGAUCCCGGAGGAGACCAUCCGACGUGCAUUUGCAUCAGGCAUCAAUGCCAUCGAUACAUCACCAUACUAUCGAGGAUCAGAGGCAAUUAUCGGCAACGUGCUCGGCGAUGUAAACUUUAGACAGCAGUUCCCUAGACACAAAUACCAUAUCCUGACAAAAGCAGGGCGCUAUGGUGCAGAUAGCUCAGCCUUUGACUAUUCGGCAAAUCGCAUAAAGACAUCUGUCAAAGAAUCGCUGCGAUUACUAAAGACCGACUAUCUCGAUGUAGUGUAUUUGCACGAUGUCGAAUUCGUCGCCGAGGAUGUAGAGGAUGCCAAUGCUGCUGGUCUACACAAGGCACCUCGAUUGCUGCUCAACAAGCAGGGCCGACUUGAAGAGAAGCGAUGGGGCUUAUCAAAGGAUAUGGCUGGCAUAGUCCAUGGCGACGGCGAUCGCAGCAUUCUGGAAGCUGCAGGCGCACUCUUUGAGCUGAAAGACAAAGGCUUGAUCAGACGCGUUGGCAUCAGCGGCCUCCCUCUACCGACGAUCUUGCGACUGGCCCGUCUGAUACUGUAUCAUCACAAACGUCCCCUCGACAUUGUCCUCUCGUAUGCCCAUCACUCGAUUCAGAACGAUACGCUCGGUCAAUGGUUACCGAUGCUUUUCGAUGCUGGACUGUUGCAAGUCGUCAAUGCCUCUCCAUUCUCAAUGGGCAUGCUUACUCGUCGUGGCGCCCCUGACUGGCAUCCGGCGCCAGCGCAACUUCGACAAGCCGUACGAGACUUAUCGGAGGAGAUCAUAAAGAGUCAUCCACCCAAAGGAGGUCUGGCGAGCGAUGUGCAGGGGCACGAAGCUCCUAGAACGACGAUCGAGCGGGUGGCCCUUGCAUAUGGUCUGUCGAGUGCGAGCCCUCUGGCCAAGCAAGCAACAGUCACUGCUGUAGGCUUCUCAUCUCCAGAAGAGGUCGAGGAGGCUCUGGCAGUUUACGAGCUCGUCUACGGCAAAUGCUCUUCUGCAGCAGCUCUCGACGAAAUGACACACUGGGCUGUGAUCGCUCAAGAACGCCUCACCCAAGCCGGCUUCCAGGACUGGAUUUGGGCGCAACCCGAUCCCCUGAUAGGCAAACCCUGA